CACAUCCUGUACCCAUCAAUCCACCCUCUCACUGACACUGGGACCCACGUUCCUCGUGUCAUGCGGAGCAGAGGCUUUCACAGUGAAGCCCCCCUCUUCUUCUGCUUUUGAGUACAAGAGACAAACAUCUCUGUUCAUUCCUCGUUGACUAAAAUACCCCUGCCUGAUACUGUACAACACCAGCGAAAGGGAUCUCUCUCUUUCUCUCUCAAAGAUGAGCACAGGAACUAGCACUUUUGUGAUAAGGUGGAUAAAUUUUCUUACUAUGAUUCUAGCAAUUGCAGUAAUCUGUUUUGGUGUGUGGAUGAGCACACACCAUGAUGAAUGUCGGAAGUCCUUAACCCUUCCUGUUAUGGGUCUUGGAGCACUGAUCCUUAUAAUAUCCUUGAUUGGGUUCCUAGGCGCAUUGAAGAAUAUCACCGUAUUGUUGUGGAUGUACCUGAUUAUGCUGUUCUUGGUUUUGGUGGCAAUACUCGUCUUUACUGUGCUGGCGUUCAUUGUGACUAAUAAUGGAUCUGGUCAUCAUGUAUCUGGGCAGAGGUACAAGGAGUAUCAGCUUCAAGAUUAUCACUCUUGGUUUUUGGUGCAACUCAAUAAUACCAAAAACUGGAGACGCUUGAAGAGUUGCCUUGUGAAGUCUAAGAACUGUGACGACUUACCAAAGAAGUAUAAGACAUUGAAGGAGUAUAAAUCAGCAAACCUGAAUCCUAUCGAAGCAGGUUGCUGCAGGCCACCAUCAGAGUGUGGGUACCCUCCAAAAAACGCUUCUUAUUAUGAUUUGAGCUUUCACCCUCUGAGCAGCAACAGAGACUGCAAGCUUUACAAAAAUGCUAGAAGCAGCAAGUGUUACAACUGUGAUUCUUGCAAGGCUGGCGUGGCACAGUAUAUGAAGACAGAGUGGAGAGUGGUUGCAAUCUUUAACGUGGUUCUGUUUGUCAUUUUGUCAGCGGUAUACUUUGUUGCGUGCUGUGCUCGGAGGAAUGCUGCUAGGAGUAGUUCUGAUAAAGUUAGAGGCAGAUAAUCAUUUGCUCUCUGAUUCUCGUUGAAAUGUGGUUAAAAGGCUGCUGCUCAGACGAAAGCUCCCUGAAAUGCUUCAGAAAGUAGUCGAAGAUCUAAACUCUUCUAAAAUGAGAUUGAAGAACAGAUGAUAGUGUCAGAGCUUUAUGACAGUGAUUGUAACUUGUUCUUGUUGAUAGAGUCGAUAAAAAUCUACGUUAGAAGCCUGUGUAUGAUACACCAUUUGAUGUAUUUAGCACGCUAAAUUCAUGGCUUUUCAGUGAAUUCUUGUUGCUUUGUUUCA